UGAAACCUAGCUCUUAUCCAUCUGAGCUACAUAGUUGGGCUUUAACCGAAGCUACGAAUUCAAUGGCACAACUGCCCUUUGUCGCAUGCCCGGAAGGAUCCAUCCCAAUAUUACAAGAUAGAAAAGAUGGUAAAAUAGAGAUUUCAAAUUAUCACCCGAUGGAUAAUGCUGGUAAAGGAGAGCUCGCAGGUAUCAAAAUCGUAGAUGAUAUAUACGGAUCUCAUGUUUCCAUCAAUGUUUAUGAGCCAAAAGUGAAAGAAAAAACUGCAGAUUUUAGUGCAUCAUGGGUUGAGAUGUCAAAUAACGAGAACACGAGCUAUUAUGAAACAAUAGCUGCUGGAUCUGUUGUGUGGCCAAGCUUGCAUGGUGAUGAUUUUGCUAGAUUUCACACUACUUGGUAUGGUAAGGACAACAAUGCUUGUUGGGAUCACCGAUGUCCUGGUUUUGUGCAAGUUAGUCCGGCGUUGUCCUUGGAGGAAGGAUACAUCCAGUUUCUACCUAUAAUGGCGCUCAAUAUGAAAUACAUGUUCAUUUGUUUAAGGACCCAAAGACCGCAAAGCUGGUGGUUAGCAUAUGGUAAGAACAAGACCCCAGUUGGAUACUGGCCGGCUUCAAUCUUCAACCACUUGAAGGAUAAAUCGAAUAUAGCAUUUUGGGGUGGACAUCUUAGUGGCCCAACAGUUCAGUCAUAUUUUCCUGAAAUGGGUAGUGGGCAUUAUGCUUCGGAGGGUUAUGGGAAAGCAGCUUUUGUGAGAGAUAUUAAAAUUGUGGAUGGGAAUAACAUGUAUGUUACACCGAAUAGCGCAAAGACCAUUGCAAGCAGUAGCAAGAUGACAUGUUACACAGUUGAUAAAUUCGGGCAGGACAAUGAUGGCAUGCAUGUCUAUUAUGGUGGACCAGGUGGAUGUACUAAUUAG